CAGGAGAAGAACCAAAUGGACAAGUUUUUAAUUCUCUAUUUUGGAUUUAAUUCUAAGGAUAACUGGUGUUGAUAUAAUUUUCGCUCAUCUUUUAGAAAUGACUGUCUUCGCAGCAAAGGGCAGUCAAAGUCGAGUGUGCGAGUGCGGUUUGUGGAUAUAAUUAAUAAGGAUAAUUUUUUGGGGGUUUGACCUAAGGACAUGAUGCUAUAGCCUGUUUGGCGAUGGGUCGGGAGAAUGAACUGAUCCAAGCUGUGAAGGGCGGAGAUGUUGUCACUGUUCAGAAACUGCUUGCGAAGGUCCGAACGUCCAAAACAAAGCUGCUGGGAUCUACGAAGAGGCUAAAUGUAAAUCACCAGGAUGCUGAUGGGUUUUCGGCACUACACCAUGCUGCUCUUAGUGGGAACUCGGAACUUCUCCACCUUCUCCUGGAAACCCAGCCAGCUGUAGACGUCAAAGAUGGCAACGGAAUGCGCCCCUUACAUUAUGCUGCAUGGCAGGGACGUCCGGAGCCCGUGCGCCUUCUGCUUCGUGCUUCGGCAAGUGUCAAUGCUGCAUCUCAAGAUGGACAGACUCCCUUACAUCUGGCCGCUCAGUUUGGCCACUACGAGGUGUCUGAAACUCUACUCCAGCACCAAGCAAAUCCCUGUCACGUCAGCAAAGCCAGGAAAACCCCAUUGGACCUGGCCUGUGAAUUUGGUAGAGUGAAGGUAGUACAAUUGUUGUUGAACAGUCACCUGUGUGUCUCCCUCUUGGAAGGAAUUUCAAAGGAUCCUACAGACCCUAAUUUCACGACACCUCUGCAUUUGGCAGCAAAAAAUGGGCACAGAGAGGUCAUCAGGUUGCUCCUGAAAUCUGGCAUUGAAAUUAACCAGGUGACUAAGAUGGGCACUGCUCUUCACGAAGCAUCCCUGUGUGGAAAGACCGAGGUGGUUAAGCUGCUAAUAGAGAAUGGGAUAGACGUGAAUAUUCGGAACACGUACAACCAAACGGCACUCGAUAUCGUCAACCAAUUCACCACCACCCAUGCUAGCACUGACAUCAAGCAGCUGCUUAGAGAAGCCUCUGGAAUCCUUAAAGUUCGUGCUUUGAAAGAUUCCUGGAAUUCCCACGAUCCCACUGCUCUAAAUAUCCGAGCUGGAGAUCUGAUUACGGUGUUGGAGCAGCAUCCGGAUGGCCGGUGGAAGGGACACAUUCAUGAUGCUCAGAGGGGUACAGACAGAGUAGGAUUUUUCUCCCCAUCCAUUGUGGAGGUCAUCAGCAAGAGACUGGGCUCUACACUCUCCCGUAAUGUCAUUGUGCCUUCUCAUCAGCGUCUCGCAAAGACGUCUCUUCCUCUGACCAACCAGCACAUUCCUGUAACUGGGACACAAGUCGGCAAUAACCUUGAGAACGUAGGAGCCGGCGACCGUCACAGCGUUGGCAGCGAGGGCAGUGUGCGCAGUGCGGGAAGUGGACAAAGUUGCGAGGGCAAUGGUCACGGCACUGCCAUCAUCGAAAACUCUCAGACCCAACAUCUUGGCUUCAGUGAUGUGCAGGGCUCAAGGAUAUUCACAGGUUCUGCUCCUGGUAACUUUCUGCACACCGUUUCUGGGGGGGAAAGGGAUCCAGAGAUCUAUCUACAGGGAAAGCAGGAUGCAGAACUCAUUUUUUGCUGGCUUCGUGGCUUCCAGUUGGAAAUGUACGUGGCAAACUUUCUGUCUGCUGGCUAUGACCUUCCAACAAUCAGUCGUAUGACCCCAGAGGACUUAACGGCAAUCGGAGUGACAAAGCCUGGACAUCGCAAGAAGAUCUCAACAGAGAUCAGCAAGUUGUGUGUGGAAGAUGGCCUACCCCUGCAUACUCCGGUGGACAUCUGGGAGUGGUUAUCUUUGCUGGGGCUACCUGAGUAUCACAAACAGCUGUCCGAGAACGGAUAUGAAUCUCUGAGCACUGUUACUGAGCUGACGUGGGAGGGGUUACAGGAAAUUGGGAUCCACCGGCUUGGUCACCAGAAGAAGUUGUUGCUUGGUGUGAAGCGUCUGUUAGACCUGCAGAGGGGGCACCCUGUGGGGGGUACCCUAAGACGCAGAAUACAUGCUUCCCAAGACACAGUUACUGUUAUGGAUUCUACAGAAAAUGGAGAACCACCAGUCACCCCCAAACUGAGGACCUUUCAGGGAUUAGAGAUGAGCAAGGAACUACAGAGUGCGCUCACACGAGGGGGUGAAACGUUCUGUGCAGGAAGACGCUCUUUCAGCCAAGAGAGUAUUAGUUCUCGUUCCCAAGGCUCUGGCAACUCACAGGACUCUGCCACUUCCCGCCCACCAUUGGCCCUUAAGCCUCAGGGACUAAAUUUGAGCCUUCCAGAGAGGAACCUUCCUGAAGGGACAGAACAAACCCAAUCAAUGCAACGUGUUCCAAAUGGUUGUCAAAUUAGGGCAGAUCCACCUGUACCACCUCCAAAACCCUCUUUGAAAAAACGUUCACUUAGUGUGUGCAGGUAUGCGCUAUCAGAUGGUGAACCAGAAGAGGAGGAGGAGAGAGGAGCUAAAUCAGGAACUGGGACACUUGGUUCCUAUGCCACACUAACCAAGCGUCCUGGACGUUCUUCUUUGACCAAUGGACAGUUAGAGAAGAAGGUCCAAAGAAGCCAGUCAUUUGCUGUGCGGGCACGAAAAAAGGGACCUCCUCCACCACCGCCUAAAAGACUUAGCUCCAUGUCUAGUGUGGACACAUCACCCUCUGAGGGACAAUGUUCAGUUAAAAGCAUUGCGGCAAGGUUGGAAGAACUAGGGGUAGCAUCAGAAUUUAGGCCUAGUGGGGUACCCCACAUAGAAAACAGGGAGGGCUCUGGGGUUCGCAGGCGGACAGUAAGUGAGUCUGCAGCAGGACUUGGAGGAAGACUGACUGUACCACAAACUGUGAGAAGGGAACAGGAGGAAGAGCGGAAAGAUGAACCAAUUUCUUCUCAGCACAGCUCCAGUGAGAGCAUCCCUUUUGCAGAAGAAGGCAAUCUAACUAUCAAACAGAGACCCAAACCACCAGGAGCUAAGCCUGAACAAGGUGGAAUUUUGGAAACGGGACCAGCAAUUGAACCUGAAGUCAGCCCAUUGACCCGAAAAGAGCAACCAGCAAAUACUGGUGUUCAACCUGUUACAGAACCAAAGGCACUGCCACAGAUUGGUUCCAAGCCAAACCUAGAGACUAAGCCACCCCAAGAAAUUUCUGGACCCAAGAAUACUAUUGAACCUGAUUUCAAUCUUACAGAAUCAGACACAGUAAAACGGAGGCCAAAGGCAAAAGAAAAAGAGACUGCAGUUCCGCAGGAAGGAAUGCAGGACUUCCCAAUGACGCACUGGGCAACAUCAACUGUCCUGGCCAAAGGACCGUCCGCACACGAAACCGUAGUGACAAAAAUUGGUGAUAUAGAAAGGAGCCUUUUGAGCUUGGAGAGGGGAGGAGAUCAAGUGACGUUUCUAGACAGAAACACUGGAAGCACAGGGCCUUUGGUUUCUCAGUCUCAUUUAGUGAUUUCUGGACCCCAGCUAGUUUUACAGAAACCUUUAUGGGGAGCAACUGGUCCACCACCUCCUGCUGAUUCAAUAAUAUGGGGGAACGAUUCUGGGUCUCACAGUGUAAAAUGGAAUGGCGUAACUACACAAACUAUAACACAGCAGUCUGAGGAGGCACGAGGGUCUAGAAAAGAAAAUACCAGCGAGUCGGUGCCCUUGACCAAGAAUAUCCUAGAUGAUAUCAGCACAAUGUUUGAUGACCUUGCAGAGCAGCUGGAUGCCAUGUUGGACUGAGGAAUCCUUACUUGUAGAACACAGGACUGCACAAUUCCAUUAACCCUAGAUCAGACACUGAUUGACUUUUUUUAAAGAGCAUUUUUAUGAAGCAUACCAGGGAGUCUUCACAUGAGGCACACAGCUUGCUUCCAGGAGAGAGACUUGUGUUUAUAUAUAUAUAUAUAUACAGCUAGAGUCUAAACUAGGUUCCCUUUACCAAUUUCAGUUUUUAAAUUUGCACCCAAACGGAAAAAUACUUCUCCGAUUAAAGCGCUAUGAUUAUCACUACGGCACUCUUACGAAUUUACGUUUAACCCAUUCACUGCUGCUGAGUUACGAAACAACGAGCAAGGUCUGCUCGGUUAAAGAUGCUUUUCUCCCCCCCCCUCUAUGGAGGGUUCUGCUGACCGUAUAGGUAUAAACACAUACAGAACUAAAGUUGAAUUACAGCUGUUGCUACCUUGCUUGUAUUUUUGUAUAGUGUCUUGUUCCCCAGUUAAAAUGACUAUGUAUUUUAUGACUUUACCACCCCCAAUGAAAUGUGUAAAUGUUUGAUUUUUUUUUGUUUGUUUGUUUC